AUGCCGGACUGCAAGUACGAGACAACCACAGUGGUAUUAAGCAUCGGCGACGAGAAAUUUACCACACGGGCCUCCAGCGUUAUUGAUCCGGGUUACACGCGCAUUUUCACUUGGCAGGCAAUUGGCUCCUCCGUGGGGGUUGAGGGGGGACAGGAUGGGGAGGAAUGUGAUGGACCCGAGGUUACUCUUCCUCUUGCCCUUACAACUCUGGGCUCAAAUUUCGCCCUUGGAGAGAAACCCCGUUUGGUUGAGGGCCAAACCGGGCCUCCCAACUACCUCUCAGAGGCUGAGCUCAUCACUGCCAUGGAAAAGCACGGAAUUGGAACAGAUGCCUCGAUUCCAGUGCACAUCGAAAAUAUCGUUGAGAGAGCAUAUGUUGAGAUUUUGCCAGGCCGUCGAUUGAAACCAACUGCACUGGGGGUGGUGUUGGUUCACGGCUACCAUUCCAUCGACUCGGAACUAGUCCUUCCGCAUAUGCGUCGAGCUGUGGAAGAGCAGUUGAACCAAAUUGCCACCGGUCAAGCCGACUUCCGUGCCGUUCUUCAAUUUGUUCUGGCCAUUUUCGCCACCAAAUACCGUUACUUCGUCCAACACAUUGCAGCAAUGGAUCAGCUCUUCGAAGUCUCUUUCUCUAGUCUAUCAGAUUGCGGACGACCUCUCACAAGGUGUGGAAAGUGCCGGCGCUACCUUAAACUUGUGGAGUCCCAGCCACUCCGUCUGCAUUGUCCCUUUUGUGCGGACACGUACAGUGUCCCUCAGAACGGUUCCAUCAGACCUUAUAAAGAAACCAAGUGUCCUCUUGAUGACUUUGAACUUGUUCUAUGGACACAGGGAGCCAAGGGGAAGAGCAUGGUGUUUUGCCCCUACUGUUACACAAAUCCUCCCUUCCCGGGCCAGUGGCGAAAUGCCGGAUGUGCAAAUUGCCCUCAUCCCUCCUGCAAUUUCUCUUUGGCUGUCAAUGGUGUAGACGCUUGCACUGAAUGUCCUCGUGGAACUCUUGUCUUUGAUGAUGCUCAUGCUCCGAAAUUCCGUCUCUGCUGUAAUCACUGUCCCGCCAUGAUCCUCUUCUCCGACGCAGUUAAAUCCGCCGCAGUGCGAAAAGCCACUUGCGAGCAAUGCACGGCGCGUCAUCUCACUCUCCACAUCGACACCAGCAAAUUGAAAAGCACCGGUGGCAGUGGCGAUGGAGGCGGAGGAGAGAGUGAGAUGCCCCCAAAGUUCACAGGUUGCAUCUUCUGCUCGGAGACUAUGUGCAAGCUACUGUCUGCUAGAAAAGCGGCAGGCAACUUCAACGCUUCUUCCCCGUCAAACAAUUCGUUCAACGCACGAGGCCGCGAACGGGGACGUGGUGGCAGCGGGGGUACCAGAGGAGGUUCACGAGGAGGUGGACGAGGUGGGAGAGGUGGUGGAGGUCGACGGUGA